AUGACAGAACAUCGAGAUCCAUAUUCAUUCUACUGGCAGUUGGAUCAGGUAAAGCCCUGGAAUGCCUCACACCCUCAUUUCAUGUUUCUUUAUCUCAAUUCUUUUCAGCAGCGGCGACGUUCCGAAUCUCCAAAACGUCAUCCACCUCCUACAGAUUAUGUGAUUGACGAAGAGGAAGUAAGUCAAAGCUUGAAGAUUUUUUAUUGUAAGCAGGUGUUGCACUUUUUGAAAUUAUUAUUUUUGAAUUUUCUGCUUCUACGAUUCGAAUUUUAUUUGGUCGAAUAUCGAAGUAGCGAAAGAUUCUCUCCAUACAUAUGA